AUGGAGAAGUCUGAAGUGGAAAAGGUCUGCGGCGGCGCCGAGGAAGCAGGCCAUUUAAACAGGAGUCGGAGCUUCAAAUCGAAGCAGCUAGUGCGCAGCCAGGCGAUACGCGAGUCCCAAUCGCCGCCACGCACUGCUUCGCCAGCUUCCUCGCUUUCCCCGGAGCCUCUGAAGGGCGAUGCAAAACCAUGCGUCAGCGAACGUUCUGCUAACGGCAGUGGGAACGCAAGCGACGUGUCUAGUCAUGCCAGUGAUGGUAGCUGUGAUAGGAGAGAUGAUGACAGAAAGAAACAACCUGUCGAGAUACAGAUAACGCACGGUGGCUGGGAAUCUGAACAGCAUUUGGAACAGAGGCAGCGUACCAAGCGCUGGCUCGGCCAUCGCCAUCACUCUGAGUCGGCGCGGGACUUGCUCUCUAACAACCCGCGGAUCGCUUGCGUUUGCGGCACCUGUGCCGCCUGUCCGCACUGCAGAGGUCGACGACGGAAACCAGUAUGCCCCAAGCAGGACUCUGGAAUCGUUUGCUCGGACGAAUGCCCGGACUGCUCGGACUCGGAACAACCAGCCAAUGAAAAAGAUGGAACAAGGAAAUCUGGCAGUCUCGAUGUAGAUGAUGCUUAUUAUUGCAAGUGCCCAGAACGAAAAGAGAAACCAAAGAAUAUUUCAUUAAGUAGAACAGAUUCAGAUGAUAAAACCGAGCCAACUGGACCUGAAUUGGUAAACUUUAUCAAGGAAACUCUAAACAAAAACGCCCGCGACAGAAUGACGUUGUUGAAGAUAGAAAAGGAGCUACACAAUCUCGUCAAUGACACUGGACGUUGCAUAGUGCGGUUUCCGGUAAUGACGUCAUACGGCAGGAUGCUAGUACACCGCUGUGCAGCACUCUUCCAGCUGUCGCAUCACCUAGACCAGACUAACAAGACUUCCGUUAUGGUUUCCAAGAGUGGAACGAGUGGUGGGCGUAUUCCGUGCACCAGCUUUAAAGAAUGGUGCACGGUCACCUUCCCUCGCAGUCCGCAACACCGCCGCGACGACACGCUCGCCAAGUCGAUCCUGAAGCGAUCGACCGCGACGGGUGAAGAAGUAGGCGGCAACGGCACAGGUGCGGCGCGCAGCAAGUCCUUGGAGCAACGCGAACGCGAAUACGAACGUGUACGGCGCCGCAUCUUUAGCUCGGACAAUUGUACACAAGACGAAUCACAGUGGCCAUGGCUCAACUCCGGACCCGUGAAACUUCUGACAUCUGAGGGACGAAAUAAACUUGUAAAAGUGCAGUCGUUGGAGAACCGCGGGUACGAGGCGCCCCGGGUUAGAGGCGUGGUGUCCAAGAGUCACAGCUUUGGCGGCUACGCGGCCGACAACGCCAACCCGAACGUCACCAUCAUACAGAAUACCCAAAAUCAACGCCUUCUCAGCAAGCAAGGUGACCUGGCGUCGAGCAGCUGGCGUCUCUCCCCAUCUAGCUCCGGUUACAAGACACUGAGUUUGAGGAGUACAGAUUCCGUCACACCGUCGCCUACGGGGGGUGCUAGUCCGGAGCCAGGGAUUGAAGGUGGAACGUUAGUGUGGGCGGUCACAGACCUGUCUGCCGUACCGCCUGGAGCAUUAGUUAUACAUCCACAGACUGGACGUCCACUCACCAAUCCUGACGGAAGCCUUUACCACUUCGACCCAGCUAAUCCGCCUAUAUUGCACGAUGCCAGUGUCUAUUUACAAAACGAUCAAUUCAAGUCAGAUCCCAAUAAUGAAAAGAGAAGAGGCAGGUUAGAAAAACAACACUCAUUUAUGGAUAACGAAUGUGAAUGCCAACCAACUGAAGAGUGCCGCACUAAAUGCUGCUGUGAAUGUCGCCGGCAGGAGUCUUGUAACAAGAAUACGGCUGAAAAGGCAACACCUCAGCCAGAGGAGAGACCAAACUCGAUCCUCGCAAGCCCAACCAAAACUCGUCUGGAACUAAGUCCCGACGCAACAACCAUGACAAACGGGGAGACUGUUCCGAAUAGAACACAAUAUGAUGAUCAGCAUCAACCGAAAAUCGUUGAUGCCAACCCACGCCAAGACUACGAGACCGCAUCGAAUCUGAAACCAAUACACGAAUCAGCGGAGAAACCGAGGAUAUACGAUACUAACCAGAGGCUUCCUUGUGACCCUAAUCAACGAGCUUACGAAGCGUCACAAAACCAAAGACCUGUUUACGAAAACCCGCAAUAUAACGCCUCGCCUAGCCAUAGGACUCCGUCAUUGGAACAGCAGAAGGCUUUCGAAAAUUUAAAUCAAAGAAAUAAUGAGGCAGCAGCAAAUCACAGAUCGCUGAACAAAACGGCUCAACAGGAUGGACAGGGAGUAGCGCAAUAUGUUGCUCACCAAAAUUAUAUACAGGGAUAUAGGAAUGGUGAGGUGACGUCACCGCCACAAGCCUUCCCGAAUCCGGCGUACAUACAAGCGGACAUGGCUAACCUACACAACGUCAUGAUGCAGGCCAAAGUCGCGCCCGUCCCUAUUCCAGAUCCUAACCUACGUCCUGUGUCGCUGACCAAUGUGGUGUACCCGUCACCGGUGCCGCAAGCCUUUCCAUAUGUGAACCCUUGCCGAUUGGAUGCACCAAUGCAGCCAGUGUUCCAACAAAUGGUUCCGCCACAUGCGGAAGAACCGAAACAGCACACCCCAUCGCCACACACCAACGACACCACCUUCCGAAUUGACCCGAGCUACCCGUACGCGGCGGAGCUGGGCGCGGCGGGCGCGGCGGGCGCGGCGUGCGGCGCGUGCGCCGGCGCCUGCGAGCCCGCCGCCUUGCACCACCCGCACCGCGGUUACAACGUGGCGUACGGACAAGUGGAGGUGCCGCAAUAUCCCGUCAGCAAUGUAAUCCUACCGCAGCACAUCCCACACUACCCGCAAUACCAGGAAGCGGUACAGUGGCCAAUGCCUUCGGUAGCGCCGCCCAAGUUACUGGUACAUGAGCUGUACCCGGUCGUGUACCCCAACGUAUAUCCGCAGUAUAACGUCGUAUACCCGCCGGUGAUACCACAACCGUAUCCAAUCUGCCAACCAGUGUACCCGGUCAUAGACAAGCAGAUAGAAGCACCGCGUCGAAACAGCGUAACGAGUAACCAUAGACUGUCAAAACACAACUCUAUAUCAGGCUCAGCUCGAAACACGCCAGACGAAAAAGCGCCGUUCGAGGACAAAAGCGUGAACCGCGAAGUUUCAAACCCAACACCAAACAGAGAGGUGAAUCGCAACAUCAGCCGCCAGAACUCCAACGAAAUUGCAGCGAAAAUACAGCAGAUUAAAGAACAAAUGGCACAAUUGAAUACAAGCGAAAGAGAAAGCGAUAGAGGCUUCAAAAGAGACGAGUGGAAGAGGAGAAAUAGCGGCAGUGGCAUUCUUGGCAACUAUCCCAUGAAUAAUCACUUCAACGGGAGGGUCAUGACACGAACACCUAAUGAUGAUAACCAACUCAGUUCUGCGGCUCGUGCCAUAGUGAAUUCCAUAAGGAACAUGCAAGCGAGGACUAACUACCACCAAGACAAUCGGCGUGCCUACGAAUACACCUCCCAAUUCAACCGUCACGACAAUAGAUACGACUAUCAAUACAGGAACAGGCAGAGACAAGAUAGGGAACCAGAGAACAAGCCCACCGACAAGCCUGUCAAUACCCCAUUCAACCCAAAAAGGCCAGGCGGUAACUCCGAAGACAAGAGUGAGGGAGAGAGGAGAUUCGAGGGAAUGAACAGAAAUAGAAAUGUAAACCCGAUCCCGUUUCAGUACAGGCCGCCGUAUUUGUUUAGACAGAUGUCACCUGGGACAUGGUGCAGGCGGUCGCCAGGUCCAGUACACCCAGUAUUAAAUCCGAGGCGUCCUCAUCCAGACACCAGAAACGGCCGACGUUAA